AGCACUAUCAGUGCUUGUAACCAUGGUAACUGCCGUGAGCGUCGCGCUACAACACAGAGAGCAGAGCGUAUAUUUAGGGUAAACAAUUCUAUCAUUUUUUAAAGUGUCUUAGUGCGAAAAUUCAGCGUCUAGUUAGGUUGUGCCAUUUCCACAACUUCCUAAUCAAUUUCUGAGGAUUUUAGACGCCUGUGGCGGAGUGCAGAGCCUUCAUUGUCGCAUUCUGACAGCCAUCUGCCGGCUGUGGGGAAGCUGUCACGGAUGUCUGGUGGGGUGUUAUAGUGAAAAUUUGAUUUUAAACACCCAGCACACUCACACAAACAGGCACACACAAUUUACUUUGUUUCCGCCUGCUAUGAAAUUCAAAAGGGAACUAUUUUUUUUUACCAAUAUGGGAAAAGCCUGUUCAUCUGUCAGGUACUUUAAGUAAUUGAAAAUGUCUGUUUCUUAACAGAGGAAGAGCCUGUCAAAGUGUCCUACAUUUUCCCAAAUGGAGACAAAUAUGGUAAGUGAUAAUGACACAGCUUUAACACGUUUCCACUGCAGUCUUAUAAGUUUUUUGUGCCAACUUCUUCACAGAGGGGGAGUGCAGCAGGGAUACAUCAGGGGCCCUGGUGAGGAGUGGAACUGGUAAACACACCUCAGCAGGUGGUGUUGUCUAUACUGGAGAGUGGCAUGAAGACAAAGUAAGGAAUUAACCUGUGUGUGGUGUCUUAGACCCUCUGAUGAGUGGUUGUUUUUUUUCUCUGUGGAUAGUGAUAAACUCAUGCUGUGUGUGUCUGUGUGUAUGUGUGUGUGUCACAGAUACAUGGCAGAGGCACCCUACAGCAUCCCUCUGGAGCCAUAUAUGAAGGAGAAUUCAAAGACAACAUGUAUGAAGGCGUAGGAACAUACAUCUUCCCUGAUGGCUCCACAUACAAAGGCCAGUUUCACAAGAACAGGUAACUUCUUUGUUUCCAUUUUUCAUUAAGAGCAUAAGUAUACAUAAGUAUAUUUUCUGAGUAUAUUGAAGAUAAGAUAGAAAUGUAUUGUUCCUGCAUUGGAAAAACAUGAUUAUUCUUUAUAAAUUACUAUCUAUUAAUAUUCAGAAAUGUAACUUUAAUCAUUCACAGUUAGGUUAUUUUGCUUUAUCUUUUGGUUAUGCAAUCAUUUGUGAUGUGUGAAAGUUUUGAUUUCUUGUAGGUUGGAAGGUGAGGGCACGUUCACUGACACACAGGGGCUGGUUUGGACUGGACAGUUCCACGGCAAAGCAGCACUGGGCCUGAAAAUGCAUCACAGUGUUUUGACAAAACAAACAUUGUUCUAUUGAUUUUUCCAUGAAAUUUAACUCUUUUAGGCAAAAUUCUCCCAAAAAAUAUAGAAAUUCUUCUAUCAAGCACAAUGUUGGUGAUUGUAUGUACCAUACUAAACACCAGCAGUUAAACCACAUGUGCCCACAUGCAUGUAUAUCUAUGUAAAGAUGGUCAAGCAUCCAUGCAAUCAAUGUGUCAAAGUGUUUGAAAGCAGAAGCCCGUUUUUUUGUGACUUUACACUUGCGCGGUCAUCAGCUGCCUUUUCCACAGCUUAUGCUGAUUUAUUACAGCCAGAUUCAGAAAUCUGCAAUAGUUAAAAGAAAUGAAAAAUGUUAGUACUAAGUUAGCUGCGUGUUCUUACUUACCCACUUUUACUUAAUUGCUAUAAUUUAAACCAAUCUCUGGUUUCAUACCUGAAAAAUAAAAGAGCAAUUUUACUCCAUUAUGCCAUCGACCAAUCACUGAGUGCCUUCUGCUCACACUCCAUCCACAAUAUCUGUGUUGGAGCUGGUGGAACAUUUGCCUGAGGAACAGUGAUAUGAUGUGAGUGUAUGAGGUCAGUUUGACCUUCAGUGUUGGCGUGAGCGGUGCAUUGUGAGUGACCCUCUGCAACCCUUAACAACACCCCCAGCUCAUGAAUAACUUCUACACAAACAACCACGACUGUUAAACAUUGUUUAAUAUGCAGCUCUGUUAUUGUAUUUUUUUCAGUCUAUUCAUAAUGCCUCUAUGGAUCUGUAAUUGCACAUACCCCUGAACAAAUUCAGUAUUGAGUAUUUAUCUAGACUAUACAGAUAUGGAAAUGUGCGUAACAAAAACACAUAUAUACUGUAGUGACAUCCAUACAAUGCUUGAACACUUCUGUUAAAAUACUGUUCCAGAUAUAACAAACAGCAAGUUUCAUUGAUUGUACAAUUUUCAGGUAGAAAAAAAUGUUUUUCUAUUGCAAACGGUCAGUGGUGACAUGGCUGAAACCAUUGAAUAUGCUCAUGAAGGCAAGAACACUUCAAAUUAAAGUAGGAAAUGGCACUGAAAUUUGGCACAGUAUACAAAAAAUCCAUCUGUAAUAUAACUGACAUGAAUACAAACUCACAAUGAGUUAUUAGUGAACAGCUUAUGCAGUAGAUAUAUAUUUAUAGUGCUCCUGGUGUUACUUUGAAACAAUAAAUGUGUUUUCUGUCCCACAAGUA